CAUGUAUCAAUCCGAUGAGGAAUUAGAUAAAGGCUAUCUUUUUUAUCAUAUACAGAGUGGAUUAAACGCACUACACCUGGCGGCUAAAGAGGGCCAUGUAAAUGUCGUUACUGAACUUUUGUCCAGGAAAAUUGAUAUUGAUGCUGCAACCAAGAAAGGGAAUACAGCUCUUCACAUUGCAUCUUUAGCCGGCCAGGAAGAAAUUGUACAAAUUCUCGUUCAGGAUAAAGUCAAGAUUAACGUUCAAUCUCAAAAUGGAUUUACUCCUUUGUAUAUGGCUGCUCAGGAGAAUCACGCUGGAGUGGUCAAAUUUCUACUCGCUAACGGGGCUAGUCAAACCCUGGCUACUGAGGAUGGAUUCACACCCCUCGCCGUCGCUCUUCAACAAGGACACGACAAAGUCGUAAAAGUACUGCUGGAAAACGAUUCUCGGGGAAAAAUUCGUCUUCCAGCCUUACAUAUUGCGGCUAAAAAAGACGAUUGUUCAGCUGCAGCCCUUCUAUUGAAGAAUGACGAGGCAAGCGUAACCAAAGGAGGAACACUUGUAAAUGAUGUAACAAAGAGCGGUUUCACUCCUUUACAUAUUGCCUCUCACUAUGGCAAUGUAAACGUUGCUCGUCUUCUUAUCGACAAAGGAGCUGAUGUUAAUUAUAAAGCUAGAAAUCAGAUUACACCCCUUCAUGUGGCUAGCAAAUGGAAUAAGCCGAAUAUGGUUCAAGUUUUAUUAGACAAUGGUGCAGAUAUUUCAUCGAAUACUAAGGAUAAUUUGACGCCCCUCCAUUGCGCUGCUAGAUCUGGCCAUGAUUCGGUAGUCGAAAUGCUUUUGGAAAAGAAUGCACCUGUUACCGCUCAAUCUAGGAACUAUCUUACACCUCUUCACAUGGCGGCUCAAGGUAAUCAUUAUGAUUCUGCUCGUCUUCUUAUUCAUUACGGGCCGAAAAAGUGUCUGGAAGAUGUGACAGUGGAUUAUUUGACGCCUUUACACGUCGCCGCCCAUUGUGGAAGUUAUGAAACUGCUAAAUUACUGCUAGAAUGUAGUUGUAAAGUUGAUGCCAGAGCAAGGAACGGUUUCACUUCACUACACAUCGCUUGUAAAAAAAAUAGAUAUAAAAUAGUGGAACUCUUAUUAAAGUAUGGAGCUAGAAUAGACGCUACAACUGAAACCGGUUUAACGCCUCUUCAUGUUGCCUCCUGGUGCGGAUAUGGUGAUAUAUCGGUCUUUCUCAUUCAACAUGGAUCCGAUCCUAAUGCUAAGAUGAAAAGAGGAGAGUCUCCUCUACAUAUGGCAGUAAGAGCAUCGCAGAUUGAAUGCGCUAGAAUUUUACUACGAAAUGGAGCUAACGUAGAUGCAAGGGCAAAUCACGAUGAAACGCCUCUUCAUAUAGCUGCUAAGAUUGGUGAUGCCGAUAUGGUAGCGUGUUUGUUACAAAACGGUGCUACUGCUGAUGCGGUAACCAAAGACGAACACACGGCUUUGCACAUAGCCUCGAAGGAGGGUCACGACGAGGUUGUUAGUGUCCUAUUGGCUCAUAAUACAAAUAUGGACGCCAGAACUCGCCGUGGAUUUACGCCCCUCCAUCUGGCGGCGAAGAAAGGUAAUACGACCGUUGCAAGAAUGUUGUUGGAACGUGGAGCUAAACCUGAUGUAGAAGGGAAACAUAAUUUGACGCCCUUACAUGUAGCUGCUCAUUAUAAUAAAGUAGAUGUAGCUCUCCUACUAUUGCAGAGCGGUGCAUCACCGCACUGUAAAGCAAGAAACGGCAUGACCCCCUUACAUAUAGCAUCUAAAAAAGACGAAAUGACACUGGCAAACACUCUUUUACAACAUGACGCCAAUGCCAACGCUGAAACAAAGAAUGGUUAUACGCCGUUGCACUAUGCCGCGCUGGAAGGUAAUAAAGACGUGGCUGCCCUAUUAAUAGAGAACGGAGCAGACGUAAAUGCGGCCAGUCACAAUGGGUUACGACCCCUACAUCUUUGCGCCCAAGAAGAUUACGUAUCAGUUGCCGAAAUAUUGGUAAGAAAUAAUGCAGAAAUAGAUCCAAAAACGAAGGCUGGUUAUACACCAUUGCACGUAGCAUGUCAUUUUGGUCAAAUUAAUAUGAUCAAAUUUCUCUUGGAGAAACAUGCCAAUAUACAUAGUAGAACUAAAAUUGGUUAUACGCCUCUCCACCAAGGUGCUCAACAAGGCCAUGUUCUCGUUAUAAAUUACUUAUUAAAAUACGGUGCUGAAUCUGACGCGAAUGUUCUCUCGGAGUCUGGACAAACUCCGCUGUCGAUCGCCCAGAAAUUGGGUUACAUUUCGGUUGUAGAAGCCUUAAAAAAGUAUACGAAUGUAAGUGCCAGCGUCAGUCAGGAUAAGUACGAACACGUGUUACCUGAAACUAUGGAUGAUAGUGCAAUGUCUGAUACGGAUUUGGACGAUGACGAUAUGGAACAAACAUCGAUAGCAAAUCAAGAUAUGAAAUAUAUGUAUGACAACACAAUAUCUCCGACAAAGGAGGAUAACAUCAUUGCUAAUGUAGCACAAAUGGACUAUACAACUAUGGAUGAUUCGAGAUAUAUGUCUAUGUCAUAUCCAUCCUUCAAUUCUGGAUUUGAUCCGGAUAAUAUUGUUGUCGACAAACAUCCAAAUAUAGCUGGCUUUUUAGUUUCGUUUAUGGUUGACGCUCUCGGUGGAGCUAUGAAGGGUUGUCGUCACUCCGGUGUUCGUUUAAUUAUUCCACCUGGUAGAGCAACUAUACCAACAAGAGUCAUCUGUAAAUUGGUUAAAAAAGAGAAAUUGACCCAUCCCCCUACUAUUAUGGAAAAUGAAGGAUUGGCAACAAGAAUUUUGGAGAUGGGUCCGUCCGGUGCUCAAUUUAACGGUGAAAUUAUAUUAGAGGUUCCUCAUUUUGCCUCCCUAAGAGACGGCGAAAGGGAGAUUAUUGUUAUGAGGAGCGACAAUGGAGAAACAUGGAAGGAACAUACUGUAGAUAAUUCAGAUGAAGCCGUCACAAAAGCUUUAAAUGGAAGCUUUGAAGAUUUAGACUCAGCAGAAGAAAUUUAUAAGAGACGAAUAGCUCGAAUAGUAACAUCUGAUUUACCAAAAUAUUUUGCCAUCAUAUCUCGAGUUAAACAAGAAACUAAAACUAUUGGUCCUGAUGGAGAGAUACUUAGCGCCCAAGCUGUACCACAAGUUCAGGCAGUCUUCCCGCAAGGAUCUCUAACGAAAAAGAUAAAAGUUGGCCUACAAGCUCAGCCAAUUUCUGAUGAAUUAGUGCAGAGGAUGUGUGGCAGCAAUAGAAUAGCUACUAGUCCUAUAGUAACUGUAGAACCUCGACGUAGAAAAUUCCAUGAACCGAUUACAUUGACUAUACCCUUGCCAAAAGGACAAAAGGGCAUGCUAAACCAGGGGCAAGAAUCCCCGUCGCUUAGGUUGCUUUGCAGUAUUUCAGGUGGUAACUCUCCAGCACAUUGGGAAGAUAUAACUGGGACAACUUUGUUAACUUAUAUUAAGAAUUGCGUUAAGUUUGAAACAAAGGUAUCCGCAAGAUUUUGGCUUAUUGAUUGCCAAAAUACAGAGGCUGCUCCAUCAAUUGCCAAUGAUAUUUACAAAUCAGCAAUUUCUGUUCCUUAUAUGGCUAAUUAUAUUGUAUAUGCCAAACGUCAUGAUCCAUUAGAAGGUCGACUGCGUGUGUUUUGUAUUACGGAUGAUAAAUUAGAUAAGACAUUAGAAGCCCAAGAAAAUUUUGUAGAAGUAGCUAGAUCAAAGGAUGUAGAGGUUAUGGACAAUAAGAAAGCAUUUAUUGAGAUGGCCGGCAAUCUUUGCCCAAUAACAAAGUCGGGUGAACAGCUUUAUCUGAAUUUUAAGGCGUUCAGGGAAAAUAGACUCCCGUUUACUGUUAGAAUAAAGGAUAUUCAACAGAUACCCGUUGCUUGUAUAGCAUUUAUGAAAGAUCCAAAAUCAGCUAAAAUAGAUGAACCUACGAAACCAAUCUGUAACCUAAAGUUCGAAUUACCUGGUAUGGAAGUCGGAGGAGGGGAUUUGCCUUUAGAAAUAUCGGCUAGAGAUAUAAUAAGUGUACAUCACAGCGAUCUCGAAUCAGCCGCUGCCACUGCCGGCACAGAAGAAUCUAUAAGCAGAGCCGAUUUACGAUUGACGGACAUAGCUGAGUGUUUAAGAGACGAUUGGGAAGCUUUGGCCAGAUACUUUGGAAUAGGGGAUGAUCAAAUCAAUAGGAUAAAGGAAGAAUAUGAAUUUCCAAGUGAAAGAGGACUCGUAUUCCUCCACGUUUGGAUUCAGCAAUACGGCCCAUCCGCAACCGGUAACGAUCUAGAAAUGGCCUUGAAAGCUAUACAUAGAGAAGAUGUAAUACACGAAUGUAUGACAAACAUUGAAAAAGUUGUAGAUGAAGGUGAAAAAGAAGUUGCCAGAAGUCAAAUUGAAAAUUCAGCAACGGCUAAGAAAUUACAAGCAAGCUAUGCGAUGAGAAAUAUGUCGCUAGAUGUCGCCGUUGACGAUCAAGAUUUACAAAGGGAUAUUGAUAGCGAUUUUGGAAGAGAAUCAGAUGGCAGAGGAAGAAUGUCCUCGGUCACGGAAGAGGAAUUUAGGCAGGAUAUUGACAAUGAUAAACCUAAAAGUUCUCAAAAUGAUUUUGAUGAAUAUUCAAAUCAAAAGAAAUUGGAAGCCUACGGCUAUUUCUCUGAUAACAUGCAAGAUGUUAAUGUUGACUCUUUAACUGCAGGAGAUCUUACAGAAACUAUUGUACGCGAAGAUGUUAUAACCCCAUCUAAAGAUGAGAGACCGAUUGAUGAUGUUAUCUUUAAAACGGAGGCUAAAAAAGACGAAAGCAUGGACGACCGAUUGUCGAUUUCGAGUGAUGAUUCCCUAACGAUGACGAAACCACCAGCAGUUUCGUCGGUUGUUGGGGAAAAGAAGAAAGUAGAGUCCGAAGUCAAACAAGAGGUUGUAGAUGUAGUUGUCAAAACAGAAUCCAGAAAAGAAGAGAGCAUGGAUGAUCGGUUAUCAUCAUCGAGUGAUGAAUCGUUAACAGCUAAGCGUCCAACAGAUCUUAAAACUACGCAAACUACCAUCGUUAAAAGAACAGAUAGUCCUGAAUUUGAAACGGUUGAGGAAUGGAACGGCACUGAAUGGGUGCUAGUUAAAAGAGAAAUUUUCCGUGUGAAUACAACAGAAACAACUAUUGUUGAAGAUCAGAUAAGCGCCGAGCAGGCUGCUAAAGAUGAGAAUGUUUCUUCUUAUACUUCAUACAGAUCAGAAAAAAGUCCUGAGGUCUUAGAUAGACAAGAGAUUAGGGAGAAAGAAGAAAAGGAUAACAAACAGCCUUCGACCACAUUCAAAACAAGUAAUCAAAUCACUGAAUCGUUUAGCGUAGGCGAGCCAAAAAUAGUUCUAAAAGAACCCAUAGUCGAACAUUUCGAUGAGACGCUUUCGGAUGGCACUAGAAUAAAAAGGGACAUUAGAACUAUAGUGCACGUCAAAGAGAUUAUCAUAAAGACGAUAAUCCAAGAAAAGGAAAUAUAUCGAAAGGAGGAGGAACCUAUUGGUUUCGAAAUAAACGAGGAUGUCGUAGAAAUGGCUCCUGGUAUUUCGGAGCCCUUUUCGGCUGAUGUAAGCAUCGAAACUUCUACGACAACAUUUGAGAAAAUCAGGGAUGACGGUUGCUGGGAGAAGCGAACUAUCCGCAAAGACAGGAUUGGCUUUUCGCAGCAGCCAUCUGCGGAUGUUUUCGUGGAAGGUGCGAAAAUUGCUUCUGAUAUAUUACUAAAUCAACAAAUGAAACCCUCUCCCCAAAUACCUGUUGUUGAGAAACCAGCAGAAGAAUUGGAACUUUCGCAAAAGAUCAUGGAAGAGGAUCAAAAGGUUCCUGUAGAUGAAAGUUUUGAUGAAAAAUUAGCACCUUCAGAAGAGCGUGGUUUUCAAGAGAAAGGUGAUGAUUGGCUUUCAGGUGGUGAUGACGAGGAUUAUGACGCUCUUGAACGUUUAGCACCAGAUGGUUCGCUUUUACGUCAUAAGAGUUCCGUUUCAUCGGAUAACGAAGGAAUCAAAAUUUCCUCCGAAACAGUAGAAGGUGAACCAAAAAUAGAGACUGAAGUAAAGGACACUGAGGAAAUUUUACCAGACGGAACCGUAGUAAAACGACGUCAAAUAACGCAAACGGAAAAGAAAGCUAUAACAACCCAUGUCAUUCUCGAAGGCCCCGAAGGGGACUUACCAGAAGCUGUAGCAAAAUACGAGUCUGAGCUAAAACCAGAAGUUAAAACCGAAACAGAGGUUCUUGAUGAUGGAACAGUUAUUCAGAGAACUAUUACAACAACUACUGAAGAAAUCGAUUCUAACAUACCAAUCGAAGAACAAUACAGUAAAGAAUCUUAUACCCAUGAUGAAUCGAAGGCUACCGGCUCUAAAGAUUUAGAAGCACCCCCCAGUAUAACUGUACAUGAAGAUUUGAGUACACCAGUCGACGAUGAUGACUUCGUGAAAUAUUACGGUUUAGAAAAAUAUACAGAGCAAUACAAAGGUUGUCACUGUU